GACGCUCCUUUCGUGGCGUCGCCGGGGGGUGAGUGACCUUCGCACUCCACCCCGCAAGUCCUCGCCGGGCGAGCAGGGUCUCCUCACCCAUUCCCGCUGGCGAUGGGCCCUCGCUCCUUCUCUUUUGUUUCUUCACCUCCCAACCGCUCUCUUCUUCGCCCUCCACACCCGCCUUGCCUCUCGUACUUUAUCACUAUACCAUUACUGACUGCAGCAGAUCCGUCCCUGUCGUACCCACUCUCGAAGGAAAAGCACACUACUACCGAUCUCCCCACCAACACCUUUUCAUACUAAUAUCAACAUCAGUCCUCCCCCCUCGAUCCUCCUUCCCGUCCUCUCUCCCACCUUACCGACUGCACGCUCACAUCUUCCACCCACACAAUUGCACGCACACACAGCGCUUCCUCCAGCAUGAGCCAAACCACUAUGGCCUACUACCCAGACCACAACGAAUACGAAGAGCUUCACGUCGACGAAGACGAAGACGAAGAGUACCAGGAAGACCUUUUCCUGCAACAACACUAUGGCUGUCCACCGCUUGGUGGUCUUGACCUCGUCCACGAUGAGGACUCUGAGGACGACGAUAUGUAUACCAAUCACUAUCGUCGCAACUACCAACACAGCUAUCAUGAUGAUGAUCAGGACGAAAUCCUCGAGGUCGAGGAGGAGGACGAAUAUAACGAGGUUGAUAUGGAUCAGCACAAUAUCCAGCUCUUGAGCGGUUCGCUGUCCGUGCGAAGCCCAUUCUUGGACGCCAUUCGCGAAGAGGAAGAUGAAGAGCCCGUCUUUGCCAAACCAUCGAGCUACCCAACCCUGGGAACCGGAAAACAUCUGCAUCGUCUAAGUUCCAGCGGCAUAGACGGGCUCGGCACGUGGGGAAGCAGAAGCUCACUGAGUAUGGCGUUGGCAGAGAAACAACUUCAACAGAAACAACAACAGCAGCAACAACAACAACACCAAGGAGGAGAAUUUGCUGACCAGCAGCAGGCCAACUUUAAUAACACGAACCAAAGCGACGGCAGCAAGCCUCGAGGACCAAGACCUCCACUCCUGUUAGGAAGACCUCGGUCCAAUAGCUCGUUGACAUCGACGCGUCUGACUACAGGUUUCGAUAUGCCUGGCGCCGCUACGACAACAGACGAACAUGUUGAUGCGGACAAGACAGCACUUAGGGAGACACAGAUGUCUCCAGAAAAUCCAAUCCAAGACUUGGAAGUGAAGCGCGUCCUCGAGGGCGCUGCAGCUUUGGCCUCUGCUACUUCCUCUUCUCCCAUUGCAUCAGGUCCAGAUAGCUCCAAUUCCGCGGACUCCACACCUCUUCCGUCAUCGGUCCAUGCCAACGGCAAUGUGAUCUCGCUAUCGAAAUCUGCCGCUGGGCGAGGAACAUCAACACCUUCUGGCGAAGGAGAACCUACAGUAGCGUUUGGACAAGACACACAAAAGUCAAUCGACGACUUUUUCGGCAUGGUCAAGUCGGAUCUGGACAAGCGUAUCCAAGAAGCCAUUCAAGAGGUCGAGCAAAAGUUCCUGCACCGCGUUCAGAAACUAGAGGAACAUACCGCCGCCUUGACAGGUGCAGCUCCAGAUAGUUCAUCCGACGCAAUACUGGGAACGCGCAGGUCUGGGUCGCUAAUGGACGCCUUAACACGGCCUCUGCCUCCGGAUCAAAACCCUGGUGGGUCGAUAGCCUUGCGAAAAGAGAUUCUGUCUCAUGUUACAGAGAAGGUUGGAGAUCUGGAUCUACGGGUGAAUCAAAUGGAGGUCUUGGUAUCGUACAAGCUUGUGGAUAUCGAAUCCAAGGUACAAGACCUCCACGGCGCACACAAUUCGAUCGCACAAAAGGUUCAUCAGGUGGCCAAGUCGCACAAGUCCAAUAUGCAGGGUGUUCGUGCAGGGGACGGUGUCGGCCAGAAUACCAUCACCGCAGAAGAAGAGCGUGUCGCGAAAGCGAUGAAACCUUACCGUGACAUUGAUGCGCAGGGCCGUGGUGCCGAGGCCUAUCUUGAGCCCAUCAUCGAUGAUGACGGCGAUAACAAUGCCAAGGCGGUUGUCAGCAUCCGAGGCACCAGCGGGCGAGGUGGCGAAAAGUCGACAGAGCUCGUUGAUGCAUCUUCCGCUAUUGUCGACCUGCGACAUGAGCUCCAGGCCUUGGGUAUGCGGUACCAGGAACUGAACGAUGGACUGCUGACGGAUCUGAUGGGCCAGAUGCGCGACGCAAAGCUGAUGCUCUUUCAGACUGUAGACGAGGUCGAUGGGCGGAUCAGUAAGAGGGUUGACAGGAUCGAGGCUGAGAUGCACUCUAAGAUGCUUAGUGAGAUCGAGGGACGCGUUCAGGAGCGUGUUCGGGCAAUGGAACAAACAUCUACCAGACUGGAGAAGUGCUUCGACAAGAUGGAGGGUAGACUUGGGGCACUAGAAACUGUGUUGGCAUCCCGACGACCAAGACCUGAGAGCAUGUAUCAAUUGCUCCAGCAGCAGCUCCAGCAACAGCAGCAGCAGCAGGAUGAAGACAAUGGCGCCGCCACCUAUCACGCUGGCACGUUUGCAGGGUUCUCGUCAAGCCCUUCAAGUGGCCAUCGCUCCGUCACCUCCGUGCUGUUUUCAGGAGCAGAUGGGACACAAUACACUCCACCGCGUCGCCGCACAUUGGCUGAGAACGGCAUCUAUCCAGACAACUCUCAAUCGACUAUAGUCAAUGGCAAGGAUGAGCGACGAGACAGUUCCAGCAACAUGGCGCUGACUUCAAGUCCACUCGAAGGGUUCGUCAGCCCAACCCAUACGAAACCAGUGUGGUCGCCCGUCAGCGGCGUCUCGACGAAUACCGCUACUUCCCCGUCCCCAAAUUCACCAUACAGUACCAGUUUACCCACAGUGGCGUCUCCACUGGAACGCGGAACCGUGAUUGGAGGCCGCAUGGGUACCAUCCAUCCCGAGUACAUUCCUAAGACGACGUAUGUCCCCAGAACAACAUCACCGACCAAAGACAAGUCUCAGCAUAGCGCGCCCUCAACACCAACUAAGGAUAGGUUUCAGAAUAGUUUACCAACGACACCAAUCAAGGAGCGAUUCCAGAGCAUCAUGGCGGCUGUAUCACAGGGACAGGGAUCGGCAUCGGCACCAGCAGCAGAUCAAGGAGUACUGGAUCAGACAUCGAGAUUGCGCAGGGUAUCGCUCUCAAGUUUUGAUGGUAACAGUUUAUCGGCGUUGAAGCCAGUAAGACCGAGCACUCCUACGACAACAACAGCAACAACAACAGCAACAGCAACAGCAACAGCAACAGCAACAGCAACAGCAACAGCAACAGCAACAGCAACAGCAACAGCAACAUCAACAUCAACAUCAACAUCAACAUCAACAGCAACAGCAGCACCGGGUUUACAGCCUUCUACCACAUCUGUUGUCACCACCACAACAACGACAGCUAUAAAUGCAACGCAUCGCAGUGGUGGCAACGGUAGCAAGGCUAGCAGCAGCAAUGCCAACCUCAAGUCCGUGUCGUCGACCUCAUCGCUACUGAGUUCAAAACUGGAUGGCACAUAUGUCAGCAGCAAUAACAAAAACAAUAGCAACAGCGUGAAGAGCAAUAGUAGCGACAGCAGCACGACAAAGAUAGUGCAGCGGGCGAUGACAUUUGAUAUGCUGAACUCGCAAGGAACGACGGCGACGAUGACGGUGAUCAAGACAGUGAAGUCUCCGGUCCAGGGCCCGUCGUCGUACAGAGAUCUGCUGCAUUUCUGGAAGGCAGGAGGCAGCGGUGUAGGCAAUACCAGCAGCCAGAGUGCAGCGGUUUGAGCGCGAUUUGAGUUUUGUAAUGAUAUACGACAUAAUACAUGUACAUGAGAUGAAUAAAAGAAAUGAUAUGGUAUGAUC